UGCGAAUGCGGAGAAGGCGAAGCGGAGAGCGCCGGCACGUGUGAUGCCCCACCGCGAUCGUCCAACGAGCGCAUCGACGAUCUUUCCCUUCGACAGUUAUAUAUUUGUUACUUCGAUCUCAUCCCCGGCCGUCUUUUCAACCUUCGCAACAGACAGGCGUUUAUUACUGCAAAGCAGUGACGGUUGAUAUGGCUGACCACGACGAGGUUCCCUUUCCCUGGGAAUUGGGGGUCUUUGAUGCCCACUGCCACCCUACGGAUACGAUGACAUCAAUCGCGUCCAUCCCGCACAUGAGAGCCAGGACACUGACUGUGAUGGCCACCCGCGGAGAGGACCAGGAUCUCGUCUCGCAGGUCGCGUCUGAACUAGGGGUAGAACGAAAGGCAGACCAGCAGCAGGGGACAGAAGAAAUAGGACGUGUGCUCCCGUGCUUUGGCUGGCAUCCGUGGUUCUCGCACCAGAUCCUAGAUGACAUAUCCUCUGUCUCAGAGCCUCGAAAAGAUGGUGACAGUGAUGAUACAGCGGUGAGGAGCGCCAAAAUAGCGCAUUACAAAAAGGUCUUGAUCCCGUCUACAGACGACGAACGCUUUUUCCUUUCUCUCCCAGACCCUAAGCCUCUAUCUACUCUGAUCUCGGAGACUAGGGAACGGCUCAAUGCGCACCAAUAUGCCCUUGUUGGGGAGAUUGGGCUCGAUCGCGCAUUCCGCCUUCCAAGCCCUUGGGUGCAGGAGGAACUUGAAGGACGGGAUGCGUCACUGACGCCUGGGUCCAGGGAAGGAAGGAAACUAUCCCCGUAUCGUGUACAACCAACUCAUCAGCGAGCGGUGUUUAAAGCCCAGCUGCGUCUGGCUGGGGAACUACGACGGGCCGUCUCCGUCCACAGUGUACAGGCCCAUGGUGCCGUCUUUGAGGUCCUCCAGGAGCUAUGGAAAGGCCAUAAGCGAAAGGUUCCAUCCCGACGGGAGAGGAGACGACGUGGUAGCGCAGUCGGCGCUCAUGAUCUGAGUGAUGCCGAACAGGAAACUGCACAUCGUACAGAUGUUGAAUCUUCGCAUUCCGCAACACAAAAGCCGCUAGCGUCCACGACUCCUUCUGACCCGCUGCCUUUCCCACCACGGAUAUGUAUGCAUUCGUAUUCUGGCCCUACAGAGCCAAUUAGACAAUUCCUGCGUCCUUCCGUCCCCUCGGAUGUGUAUUUCUCUUUCUCUAGUGUUAUAAACUUUACCAAUCCAUCUGCAGACAAGGUCAUUGAAGUCAUCAAAGCUCUGCCUGAUGACAGAAUCCUCAUCGAGAGCGACCUCCAUCGUGCAGGCCAGCAAAUGGAUGAGCUACUCGAGCAGAUCGCGCGGACAAUUUGUCAGCUACGGGGCUGGGAAUUGCAUGAUGGAGUGAGGCGUCUGGCUGAGAACUGGAAGCGUUUCGUGUUUGGUUGAACAAUGAAGGAAAUGUGUUGGACGAAAUAAUAUAAAAGUUUCCGAUUAGAUAUAGACGUAUGUAAAUAUAGAUACUUUGACAAGCUUAUUAGGGUAUAUCGCCGAUUGAGAAAUCAUGAUCUGGUCUAUUCAAGUGAUUAUUGUACAUCGUAUGAGUUACGGAAAAUAGCAGCAUUCCAAUUUAUCGUUU